CUACUUGUCUGUGUUGAAGCUAGCUGUUGUACAGAGAAGACUGAAAGACAUGAAGAACAACCUGGCAAGAGAAACGGCCAACAGAAAGUUGACCAAGGGGGUUUGGGAGAUGUGGGUAAAGAAAUGUGAACACAGAGAAGAACUCAAACUACUUCCUGUAACAAGAAGAGCCAGACAUCACCACAGGCAAGUCAAGUUGAAGAAAACCUGGACCAUCUGGACAGCAUAUGUUCAGUGGAGAAGGCACAGGGAGGCCCAGUACAUACGUGCAGAUGCACACUACGCCUCAAGGUGUCUACCCAGAACCUUAGAGAGAUGGAGAUGGUUUGUGGGGUUGUCUCAAGAAAAGAAGGACAGGCAGCUGAGAGCUGUGACCUUCAGGAGAGAGGCUCUACAGGCGAGGUUCUUCUAUGGCUGGUGGACUGCCACACAACAGAGUAGGGACCUCAGGCUCAUGGAAAGAAUGGCUAUUUUGCAUCACAAUGGAGCAGUCAUCAAGGCCCACCUCAAACUGUGGAGACUCAGAGCAAAGGAAGUUAGGAGAGAGCAGGAGAAAGAGUUCCAAUCUCAGGAGGUGGCUGUACAACACUAUAAGUACCAUCUCUGUCUGAAGGCUGUUCAACAGUGGAAGGACUUCACACUGGAAAGCAUCACCAGACAAGAACAGGACAGACUGGCUCUCCGGCACCAGUACAGAAGACAGUUGAGAAGAGUGUGGACAGGCUGGACACAGUACCUGGACUACAGGAGGUCCAAACUGCAGAGGAAAGCAAGAGGAGACCAGCACUACCAGAAACACAUCCUAGGGAAAGUCAUGCAGGCUUGGAAGUUGUUUCAUGGGCAAGCCAAGAGAGUCAACGCACAGGUUCAACAAAGAGUUCACAAUCACAACAUUGUCACUCUCAGUUGGGCACUGGCAACAUGGCAUGAGAAUGUGAGGACAGAAAGACAAAACCAACACAAGGAAAGCCAAGCUCAGAAACACAGGGAAAGGCAAAUGAUGAAAUUGCUUUUGAAGAGGCAGUCUGAGUGGCUGUGCAGGACUCGGCUCACAGCAAAGUUUUUCCAUCUCUGGAAACACCAGUUAAAGUUGGCAAAUGAUGAAAGGGAAAAGACGACCCAAGCCCUGUGGCACUGGAGUGUGUGUCUCCAGUACAGAACCCUGCAGGCCUGGCUACACUACACGGCAGACAGGAGGAGGAGGGCGGACAGGAUUGCCAUCGCCAUGGAGACCAGGAGGCGGAGACUGCUGAGGGAGGGCGUGGCCCAGUGGCUGGCUAUGGCCACCGACAUGGCCGACAUGAGAUCCAAUAUGGCGGCCCAGAGACAAGCCGAGGUAGCGUAUGGUACAUUCCAGAUAGUGCGUAAAUGUGCCAUGAGAUGGAGGGAGAAGACACUGGCUGGGCGACGGAAUUUAGAUAAGGGGCUCAACAGAGGGGGUAAGACUGCACCUGUAGUUAAGGAUGUUUCUUCUGUGACCAGACCUACCCCAUCUGUAGCCUCCCCUGUAAGACCAAUCCCUGCAGAUGUUACAAGGGGUUUGCAGGUUGUUGACAGGACGAUGGCAGGACCUUAUACUGGCAGGAGGGAUAGACCCAGACCUCGACAUCCAGACUUCCUGGCUGACUCACUCAAGAGGGAGGGACUUCUGCCUAAAGUACCCCGCAAGAUGGACAGGCCCAUCCCUACACCAUGCUACGCACCAGACCAAGAUCUGUACCUACAACAACAGGGGAACAACAUAGUACAAGUCCCUACUGAUAUUGCUGAUCAGCUCACCAGCACAGAUGAGACACCUCCACCAAAGAAACCACCAACUCUUCCCACCAGAGACCCUUCAAUAAACGACAAGACAUCAGGUUCAUUUCAGACUCAAGCAAGAGUGACGGACACAAGGCGCUGUCCUGCUGACAAAGAUCAUGAUCUUGAAAGCACUCCUAGUUCCAGACCAGGGCCUUUUCCUCCACAGUCACUCACAGGAAUGACUGAACCUGAAAACGCAAUCCAAAGAGAGAAGAUGCCAUCCAGUCCACCAAGAGGAGUCAAAGCAGUAGAAGAAUAUGAGCUCAUUCCACCAUCAGCAUUCAUGGUACCAAAGACCGACAAACAAGUUGCAAAUCAAACAAGCCCCAAACAACUGCAAGGAAAGGAUUCAACUCUGAUGCCCCCAGCAGUGUUCACAAGUCCAGGAAAAGAGGACAGUGUGGAAGAUGCUGAGACAAGACGGGUAUCGUAUACAGAUGGACAGAACGAAACAGAGGAAAAAGGAGGAGACAGAAGUAGUCACCCACAAAAUGGACAGAAAACUGUGCUGGAAGAAAUGCUGCACAUUAAGGAAGCCAUGCAGAGGUACAAGGAAAACAGAAAAAGACUCAAGAGGCUUGAGCAGCACUACAAGCAGCUGUCCUCCUGGUUGAAGCAGCAGCAGCAUGUGGAGGGACAGGCUGACGAGGUCCUCCAGCAGGUCAGGCUGGAACUGCAGGAGAUUGAAACAGAGAAGAAUGAAUUAAGCACAAAACUCCAGGAAGACAGGCCUACUAUUGAGACCAUGACAGCCAGGGCACAGGACAUACUUGCUGUGGAAGGGAAUUAAGUUCAUGCAGAAUAGCUAUCUUUUGCAGAGGGGAAACAAGUCAGCAAACCAAAGACGAAACCAAGGGGGUCUAUGAAUCUAUUUUAUUAUCUCUUAUAUACAUUUUUACAUAUUAAUUAUAGAUGAUACAUCUUUACUGCCUUCUUAUUAAUACAAGAACUUUGUUGACGUAACAAAAGUACAGCGACUUUCGUAAGGUCUAAAACUAAAUGUAGACAUACAGA